CACCACUAACUGGCCAAUCAGAACGCAAAGGGCGGGACUAAAAUGAAACGGCGGACGAUUCAAAACCAAGAUGGCGACUGAGGAGGCGCCCCAAAACAUUCACAAGCUGGACACAAGGGUGACGAAAUCCAGCGUGUUUACUGGCAGAGACACGUCAAACACAGACCAGACGGUCAUCUUCAACCCAGACUUCUUUGUGGAGAGAUUGCGACAUGAACAUCCACAGACCUUCACUGAUCUGGUUCUGGCUAAUGUCACCCGACUCAUCGACCUCCCGGGGGAUGAGUUUGCCCAGCUCACUGGGGACUGUGAGCCCAAGGUGCCUUCUUCCUCUGGGUUCCUCCGCUCUUUCAACUUCCUCAAACGAAAAGAAAAGGGGGUUGUUUUUGGUGCACCCUUAACUGAAGAAGGUAUAGCGCAGAUUUAUCAGCUGAUCGAAUACCUGAGCAAAAACCAUCACAUAGAGGGGCUGUUCCGUGUACCAGGACACAGCCUGCGGCAAGCAGCUCUGAGAGAGAUGCUGAAUGCCGGGGCAGAAAUAGAUCUCGAGACGGGUGACUUCCACCCCAAUGAUGCCGCCACACUGCUGAAAACCUACCUGGGAGAGUUGCCUGAGCCCCUGCUAACACACAGACACUAUAACGCUCACCUUAAAAUUGGAGAGCUGACCCGCUUUGAUGAAAAGGGAGAUAAAACAAAUGUACCAGACAAGGAACGCCAAAUUGAAGCCUUGCAGUUGCUUUUCAUGCUUCUUCCAUCAGCCAACCGCAGCAUGCUGAAGCUCCUGUUGGACCUGCUCCAUCACACUGCCCGCCAUCAGCAUGUCAAUAAAAUGUCCGCUCUCAAUCUAGCAACUAUGUUUGCUCCACACAUCAUCUGGCCAAAAAAUGUGACGGCAAGUGAUCUUCAGGGAAACAUUGAUAAAUUAAAUAAUGGUGUUGCCUUCCUCAUUAGGCACUCCCAAAAGCUGUUUAAGGCCCCUGUAUAUAUCAAAGACUAUGCACACGUGUACUUCACCGGAUCCAAAGCUCUACAAUCAAAGGAUGACAUGACGCUUAGAUCAGGGACCAAAGACCCCCCAGCUUUGCUCACCCCCACCUCCAAUCGUUCUCUCUACACAAGAAAGAUUGUAAGUGAAGUGAGCAGGUCAACAAAGACUCAGUCAUGUACUGAAUCAGCUCUUCAAGAGCUUUACCAGCAAGUCCACAACAUGCCCGAGUCUGCCAAGAAGAAGAAACUCAUCAGACAGUUUGAAAAACAGCCUUUGGUGACACCGUCAGCUGACCCCCGCACGCCAUUCAGCAGGAAACACUGGCGUUCCCGCUCUUUAGGGGGAAUGAUCAAGAGGAAGGUGUUGGGAAGCCAAAUAUUAACAGGGAAGGAAAACGGCAAACUGCAGAGGUCUGCAGCCAAAUGCUCAGUUGACACCAACAAUGGAGGAGACUAAUACACCUGAGGAAACUCCAUAUUGCUGUGAAGUGUAUUGUAAUACACUAGGUAGUUUUUGAUACCACAUUUCAGUCCUUCUUUUUUGGAACAUUUAACCUGUAAGGAAGUCACUAGAUUUUGUUGACAUUUUUGGAACCUACGUUUGUUUAUCACAUUAGUGCGGGUGCUAGGUUUUUUUUUUAAUGUCUCAAUUGAAACUAUUUUUACCCUAUUAAGCUAGUGUUUUAAAAACCUAUGAAUAUCUGAAUUUAGUUUUCUUAUAUUUUUACUGAAACCUUUUUUUAUUUAAUUUUGAAAGCUAAUAUUUAUGUGGAUAGGUCAAUUCAUCCUUUCAGAAAUAUUUAGAUGCAAGUAAAACCAAAGCUGUGCCUUAAAAUGAAUUUAUCUUAAGUUACUGUAUGUUGCAAUUUCUAUUUAAUAUUAAGUUUAUGCAAUUUUUAAGUUUCCCAGAUCUUCCAAAUAUGCUUGAAUUGUAUUUAAGUGGAGCUUGCCUUUUCAAGAAUGCAAUUUUGCGAGAUGUCCAAAGGUCAGUUUUUACAUAACUUUUUACUACUGUGAUACUUUUUUUAUUUACUUCUCUUCUUUUUUUAAGCCUCUGUUCUAAUUUAUAUGCAGCUCUUUGUAUGCAUACACGUCUCAUAUACAUAUUAGAGCUGUGAAAGAGUUUUAAUUUAAUGUAACUUUUUUUAAACCGUAAUUUUGCUUUGCAUUUUGAGUGCAACUUCAGUUGUAACUUCUUAACAAAUUGCUUUCUGUGAGGGAUUUGAACCACUGUUGCUUGUAAAAAGUUCCUGCUUGUCAGUUAGUUGUGGUUUCCGGUUGCAUGUCUACUGUACAGUACUGUACUGGACUGUUUGCUGAUAAUGCUGAUGCUCCUGUGAAACCCAACAACAAACUGAUUAAAAUACUU